AUGCGUGCGGCAGACCGUGCCUACUACGGUGAGUAUAAACCAGCAUGCCCUAUUCAACCUGACUCGCUACGCAACCGCGUGUAUGGAGCUGCAUCCUGGAGCUCGAAGCUACGUGCAGAUGGCUUGAUCUCGUAUGAUGGUGGACUGGGUGAGCGGAAUAUUGAGGCGAGAGAGUUUGCACGGUAUCUGGAGGAUCUUGCCAUGGAGAUGCAACCUGUACUGGACACGCUGGUAAGAGCGACGGUGGCUGAUCAUGAGCAAGCACCGAAGGCAUGGCGGUUCGAGAUGAAAAAACAUGCCGACUCCUUGCGAGAGGCGAGAAGUCAUAUCGACCUCUCGCGCGCGCACAUGCGUGCCACCUGGCAAUGCGGAAAGGCUGUUCGUUUCUACCGGAAGUACCGCCAGCAGGCGGAGGACCUUGUGCGCGCUGCCUCUCAGCCAGACCUCGCUCUGCAAGCAACAGACCCACCAGCCUCUAUCAAAUCUAAUGCUGCGCACCAACCCUUGCGCGUAGCUCACGAGUGCCCUUCGGCCGUGUUGGACCCUCCGACUCAAGCUGGUGCGCCAUCCUUGCCUCUGCCAGGAACGCCGGCAGAGGAAGAGGAGGUCGGGCAUGGAUCGCCAGCCCAUGCACCUCCUCAUAAGGAUGUAGAGCACUUGGCCAAGGAGGCGUCAGGCAGGGCGGACAGCGCAGUGAGGGUGGUGGUUGAGCCGCAGCAGCAAUCUUUUGGCUCAGCACUUGCCAGGAGGGUGAACGAAGCAACGCAACGAGUGUCGUGUGCUCAGCGCACACCUUCCGAGGCAGCACGGCCAAGCCAUGGAGAACGACUCCCAAAUUCGGUGCCAACACGUUCAUUGCAGUCUCGUGACUGUCCUCCGCAUCUCGCUCUCAUGCCACUUGCUCCGACACCACACAAUAAGCCGGUGGCAGAGACUCAGACGCGUCAUGCAACGGGCCCCAGAGCGCACGACGGAUUCACCACGAGUCCGCAUUCACAUCAGUGCUCUUCCCGUGCCAGCGGCCCCGUACCCGCACGGGGGUGGGUCAAAGACGCGCAGGAAGCGAUCCCCCCUCUCGUACAGGAGAGUGAGGAGAAUUUGCUUGAGGGUCUUCGACAAGUCCAGACGAUGGGGGGCGUGGCAACGGGUGAAGCGGGGCGGACACGCUGCGUACAGAUCAAUGCACCUUCAGAGGCGAUGGGCUCACCGUGCGUACUCUCAACGCUGGGCCGGCCUUCUGCACCGUACCGAGCGGUAGCCCGGCGUUACUGGCCAGCCGCGCGGACGGAACAACGUCCUGCGUGUUCAGCGAGUCCACGCGAGCCAGCGACCGCUGAGGAUGAAGUCAGCACGCAAGAAGGAAACGGAGCACGACGUGCACCUUGGUCGGAGACGCUCCGGGCUGCACGGUCGCCGCGACAGCGUCUCUCGUCGUGUCCCGCGCCCGCGCCCGGGCUCAUGAUAGCCGCGCGAGAGCCAUCUCGCGUAGCCGUGUCGUCGAGGGCGAAGGCCGAGAGGCCGCCAAAGACGCGUAUGGAGUUCCUGGCGGGCGCGGCUUCCCCGUGGCGCUGUCCCUCUUCAAGCGACUCCGCACCCGUGCUUGAGCUAGUUGAGGACGUGCAAGAGGCAGCGGUGUCAUCAGCGAAGGUUUUGAGGCCGUCCGAGAGCGCAGGGAUCAAGUCUUCACGGAUGGGGGGCAUGAGUGCGAACGAAUGGAAAUGCCCGUCAAACGUACCUCCGCCGCCAAAAGUACUGGCACUGCCAUCCCGCACCGUGGCGUCGUACGACAAGUCGGACGCUCCCGCCCGCUCGCAAACCACGCAGUUGGUGCUCGCGCGCGAGCUGGUGAGCCCUGAGCUCGCCGUCAGCGCACGAGAAGGGAGCAGCGCGCAAUGCGCACCUCCGGACGAGUCGCGGAAGGUAGACGUCGCGCAUGCGCAAGCAUGGCGCAACUUGUCAGCCGCACAGUCUCGGACGAGUCUCGCGCCACCGGCCAAUCUGAAGGGACUGGCAGGUCCAAAAGACGUUAGCGGGCAACGGGAGAGUGGCGCGCGACGCGCACCUUGGUCGGAGAAGCGCUUGGUCAGGCAUCCACAGCGGCGACAUCUCUCUUUGCAUGCUUCCACGCCUAUCCCUCUUAUUCCCGGAACUAAGGGUAGUUCCGUAACUCCAAGGUCCCUACCACUCCAAGGGGGUCGACUUUUUUUGAGCCUCGGAUUAAGGCGCCAAACCUGCUAA